GGGGUUUGGCGGGGCCGUUGUUUCUGGCUGCGGCAGGUGCACUGAGUCUCCGCGACGCCCUGUGUCCUCCGCUCCUGCAGGUCCGGCCUGUGUUUCUGUGACCUGCAGGUACCGGGAGAGACACGGCUAGGACGCCGGGACCCCUGGAAGGCUGGAAAUGGAACCACUGACAUUUAAAGAUGUGGCCAUAGAAUUCUCUCUGGAGGAGUGGCAAUGCUUGGACAACGCACAGCGGGAUUUAUAUAGGCAUGUGUUGUUAGAGAACUACAGAAACCUGGUCUUCCUGGGUAUUGCUGUCUGUAAGCCAUAUCUGAUCACCUGUCUGGAGCAAAAAAAAGAACCCUGGAAUAUGAAGAGACGUGAGAUGGUAGCCAAAACCCCAGUUAUGUGUUUUCAUUUUGCCCAAGACCUUUGGCCAGAGCAGAACAUAAAAGAUUCUUUCCAAAAUGUGACACUGAGAAGACACAGAAAAUGUGGGCAUGAGAAUUUACAGUUAAAAAAAGGCUGUAAAAGUGUGGAUGAGUGUAUGGAGUACAAAGGAGGUUAUAACAGAGUUAACCAAUGUUUGACAGCUACCCCAAGCAAAAUACUCCAAUGUAAUAAGUAUGUGAAAGUCUUUCAUAAAUUUUCAAAUUCAAAUAGACAUAAGAAAAGACAUACUGGAAAUAAACAUUUCAAAUGUAAAGAAUGUGGCAAAUCAUUUUGCAUGCUUUCACAACUAACUCAGCGUAGAAGAUUUCAUACUAGAGUGAAUUCUUACAAAUGUGAAAAGUGUGGAAAAGCCUUUAACCAGUCCUCACAGCUUACUAGACAUAAGAUAAUUCAUACUGAAGAGAAACCCAACAAAUGUGAAGAAUGUGGCAGAGCCUUUAAACUGGACUCACACCUUUCUAUACAUAAAAGAAAUCAUACUGGAGAGAAACCUUACAAAUGUGAAGAAUGUGGCAAAGUCUUUAGUCAGUCCUCACACCUUACUACACAAAAGAUACUUCCUAGUGGAGAGAACCUCUACAAAUGUGAAGAAUGUGGAAAAACUUUUAAUCUAUUCUCAAAUCUUACUAACCAUAAGAGAAUUCAUGCUGGAAAGAAACCCUACCAAUGUAAAGAAUGUGGCAGAGCUUUUAACAUAUCCUCAAACCUUAAGAAACAGGAGAAAAUUUACACUGGAGAGAAACUCUACAAAUGUGAAGAAUGUGGCAAAACUUUUAGCCGAUCUUCAAACCUUACUAAACAUAAGAAAAUCCAUUCUGCAGAGAAAUCCUACAAAUGUGAAGAAUGUGGCAAAACCUUUAACCAGUCCUCAACUCUUAUUAUUCAUAAGAUAAUUCAUACUGGAGAGAAACCCUACAAAUGUAAACAAUGUGGCAAAGCUUUUAACCAAUCUUCAAACCUUACUAAACAUAAAAAAAUUCAUACUCCAGAGAAAUCCUACAAAUGUGAAAAAUGUGGCAAAGCUUUUAACCAACCCUCAAACCUAAUUAACCAUAAGAAAAUUUAUACUGGAGAGAAACCAUACAAAUGUGAAGAAUGUGGAAAAGCUUUUAAUCGAUCCUCAACCCUUACUAGACAUAAGAAAAUUCAUACUGGAGAGAAACCCUACAAAUGUGAAGAAUGUGGCAGAGCUUUUAGCCAGUCUUCAAACCUCGCUGAACAUAAGAAAAUUCAUACGGGAGAGAAACCCUACAAAUGUGAAGAAUGUGGCAAGGCCUUUAACCGAUUCUCAACCCUUACUAAACAUAAGAGAAUUCAUACUGGAGAAAAACCCUAUAAAUGUGAAGAAUGUGGAAAAGCUUUUAAUCAGUCCUAUCAACUUAGUAGACAUAAGAUAAUUCAUACUAAAGAGAAACUCAAAGAAUGUGAAGAAUUUGGCAAGGCCUUUAAACAGUCCUCACACCUUAGUCUACAUAAAAUUACUCGUACUGGAGAGAAACCCUACAAAUGUGAAGAAUAUGGCAAAGUCUUUAACCAGUCUUCACAUCUUACUACACAAAAGAUAAUUCAUACUGGAGAGAAACUCUACAGAUUGGAAGAACAUGGAAAAGCUUUUAGCCUAUUCUCAAACAUUACUAACCAUAAGAGAAUUUAUACUGGAGAGAAACCCUACAAGUGUGAAGAAUGUGGAAAGGCUUAUAACCGAUUCUCAAACCUUACUAUACAUAAGAGAAUUCAUACUGGAGAGAAACCUUACCAAUGUGCAGAAUGUGGCAAAGCCUUUAACUGCUCCUCGACUCUUAAUAGGCAUAAGAUAAUUCAUACUGGAGAGAAACCUUACAAAUGUAAAGAAUGUGGCAAAGCUUUUAACCUGUCCUCAACCCUUACUGCACAUAAGAAAAUUCAUACUGGAGAAAAACCUUAUAAAUGUGAAGAAUGUGGCAAAGCUUUUAACCAGUCCUCAAACCUUACUACACAUAAGAAAAUUCAUACUUCAGAGAAACCCUACAAAUGUGAAGAAUGUGGCAAAUCAUUUAACCAGUUCUCAUCUCUUACUAUACAUAAGAUAAUCCAUACUGGAGAGAAACCCUACAAAUGUGGAGAUUAUGGCAAAGCUUUCAACCUAUCUUCAAAUCUUACUACACAUAAGGAAAUUCAUACUGGAGAGAAGCCCUACAAAUGUGAAGAAUGUGACAGAACUUUUAAUUCAUCCUAAAAACUUACUACACAUAAGAAAAUUCAUACUGAAGAGAAACACUACAAGUAUGAAUAAUGUGGUAAAGCCUUUAACCAGUCUUCUUUUCUACACAGAAGACCUUUUAUACUGGCGAGAAACCCUACAAAUGUAAAGAAUGUGGCAAAGCUUUUAAUUUACCUUCAAACCUUCAGAAUGUGAGAAAAUUCAUACCAGAGAGAAUCCUACAAAUGUCAAAACUGUGGCAAAGCCUUUAACUGGUCCUCAACUUUUACUAAACAUAAGGUAAUUUAUACUGGAGAGAAGCCAUACAAAUGAGAAGAAUGUGGCAAUGCCUUUAAUCAGUCAUCACACCUCUCUACACAAGAUAAUUUAUACUGGAGAGAAACUACAAUUGUGAAGAAUGUGGCAAAGCUUUUAACCAAUCCUCAUACUUUACUAACCAUACAUACUGGAGAGAAAUGCUACAGUUGUGAAGAAUGUGACAAAGCUUUUAACCUAUCCUCAACCCUUACUGCAGAUAAGAAAAUUCAUAUUGGAGAGAAACUCUACAAAUGUGAAGUCUGUGGCAGAGCCUUUAACCGAUUCUCAACAGUACAUAUAAGAGUAUUUAUAUUGGAGAGAAACCCUACAAAUGUAAAAAAUGUGGCAAUGCCUUUAACUGGUCCUCACACCUUGCUACACAUAAGACAAUUUAUAUUUGAGAGAAACUAUGAAAAUACGAAUAAUGUGGCAACAUACAACCAAUCCUCAAACCUCAAUAAACAUAAGAUAGAUAAUACUGAAAACUUCAGACACCUGAAAGAUGUGAUGAUGAUUUUGACAACACCUCAAACUUUCUCACAUAAAUCAUACUGGUGAAAAAUUUCACAAAGCCUUUAAAUGGUUGUCACACUUGAUUGUAGGUAAGAAAAUCCAUAUUGAAGAAAACUAGAAGUGUAAAGAAUGUGGCAGCAUUUCUAAUAAAUGCUCCGUAUUGCACAGGAAAGCAUUUAUACUUCAGAAAGAUUGUACAAAUGUAAGGAAUGUGGAAAAGCCAUUAAUAUCUGCUCACAUCGGCUGGGUGCGGUGGCUCACGCCUGUAAUCCCAGCACUGUUGGUGGUCAAAGUGGGCAGACCAGGAGGUCUAGAGAUUGAGGCCAUCCUGGCCAACAUGGUGAAACCCCAUCUCUACUA